CAGGCCGGCUGGAUGUAGCACUAUAAUUCAGGACAACAUAAGCAACACUGAAGCAACCAUUUUGGUGACUGUGAUUGAAGAAGCCCAUGUUAAGGCAUCCACUCCUGGAUAUUUGCUUAAAAAACAGACAACUGACAUUUCACUAAAGCCAGUCCCUCAUGUGGCGUCUUCAAAAAGUGGAUCAGCAUGUGGAGUCUUUGAAAAAGGCUACAUCCACAUGGGUUCUAUUCUAGUGAGAAGAUGACAGGCCUGUUCGCCUAUGAAAGCUCUGAUUUGGACUGGUGUGAGGAUAACUACAGGCACUCUGAACACAUAGUGGAGUACUUCAACACUAUGAGCAGCCUGUUCUUCUUCGUGAUCUCCCCCAUCAUGCUGUACCUGCUGCACCCCUACGCCAGGGAGAGGAACCUAGCGGUACACCUGGUCUGGACCAUGAUGAUCUUUGUGGGUCUCUUCUCUGCCUACUUCCACAUGACCUUAAGCUUCAUGGGCCAGAUGCUGGAUGAGCUGUCCAUCCUGUGGGUCCUGGGGCUCUGCUAUGGUCUCUGGUUUCCACGCAGGCUCUUCCCCUUCUUCAUCAAGGACAGGACAACUUUUUCCCGGCUGGUCAUGAUGAUAACUGUUGUCACCACCCUAUGCUCCUUUGUCAAACCCACUGCCAAUGCCUACCUCCUCAACUGCUUUGCCCUCCACAUCAUCUACUCAUUGGGUCUGGAGAUGAGGACCUGUACUGACCCGAAGGUGCUGCGGUUAUGCUGGUCUGCUGUUGGCCUGUGGGUGCUGGCCAUCUCCUGCUGGAUCAGUGAUCGUUUUGGAUGCAGCUUCUGGCAAAAGCUUAAUUUCUGUUACCUGCAUGGCAUCUGGCACAUUCUGAUUGUGAUGGCUGUAGCCUACGCAAGCACCCUGAUAGCCUACCUGGAUGCCAACUAUGAGAUACCCUACUCCCUGCCAAGCCUUCAGUACUGGCCCAAUGACAACUGGGUCCUGGGGUUGCCUUACAUUGUUCUGAAAGGAACCACCAAGACUCAGAAAAUAUUCUAAAGAACAUUCAACUUCUGCAAGAGACAACUUGAAGGCUUUGGUGAUGAAAUGUGGUCUAUAGUGCCAUGCAGAGAGAGUGUAAAAUGCAGUGCCUUUCUUUGUACUUAGCAGUGACUCAGUUUGAGAAAUGGCUGCAAUCCAUUGGUUUGCUUCUUAUUUUAUAUGAUAAUAGAAUCAAUGCCACUCAGGUCAUUAAUGUGUGUAUGUUUGUAUGCAUUUUGUGUGAAUUUUGAUCAAUUCACCCAUCUGUUAUUUGCAUUCAUACAGAUUUGAUCAAUAUUUUUUUUGCUGAGAAUUUUCCUGCAUUGCAGGAAAUGCAGAUGAGCUUCUUGGUUCACAUAAAUUCACUGAAAACCAACGGUUAUAUUAACAGUAUUUUGCUUUUCAUGUAGCAUACUUUUGGCCAGCAUAAUAGCCUAACCACCAAUCAAGCAACAUUAUGGACUAAACGUUAAAAUCCUAUUACUCCAGGAUUAUUUUGCUGUUACAAUAUAGGUCAAAUUAUGAUCCUACAUCUGUAUGUGCAAGGAUAUUCUCUGCACAUGGUGAUUGUAAAAAAAAAACGUGUUUUUAUAUUUAGCUGUGUUUUGGUAUGAUUACAUGCUUGUCUUUAUAGUGACGAGUACUGAGAUACUUUCAACAAAAAAGACAGCUUUGUUUAAAUGUGGGGCUGAAUCACAACCACAUUUCAGGGGGCUUGUAGAGUUUGUUUACAUAACCUACACCCUUUUCAGGGAUAAAUAUCACAUUGUGUGUGAACUAAUACAUACAUGUAUUAAUUUCAUCUCUCUCAGGUUUUUCAAAGAGUAUUACCAUGUUAUUACAGAAACUGUUAGGAACAUGUCAAGUUUUGUUAUGUGUGGGGUUCUACCUCUAUGAGAGCAAUUACAUUUUUAUAUGAAUAAGA